AUGUGGGCCAAGAAAGAUCAAAUUAAACGUAAAAAGAAUGUUACACAAGCAUGGAAAUCAAAAGACUUGCAGAGACCACCGAUAAAAUUCCGGAGUUUUAAAGUUAUAUUAAAAUAUCUGAAGUUAUAUUGUCAGUAUUCCAGUUUAAGCAGUUUAAAAUAUCUCGCUGAUCCUCAAAAAAGUUGGUUUGAAAGAGUUUUAUGGGUCAUAAUACAUUGCGUAAUUACAGCUGGUCUGAUAUGUAUGGUUUAUAUUUCCUAUAAAGAAUUUGUGACGUCGCCUAUCCUGACUUCUAUGGAUUCGGAUAGUUAUGGUACUAUCGAUUUAAACUUCCCAGCAAUCGCCAUUUGUCCCGUUAAUAGGAUAAGUCGACGAUCCGCGAUGGAAUUGGCGACCGACAUUUUUAAAUCAAACGUCACAAAAAUGUCAAUGGAUGAAAUCCUCAACUUGCUGAAGCAAUUAGGCAAUCUUUAUGCUUCCAAUUUCGUCAUGGAAGAAAAUCGUGAUAAGGAAAUCGAUCAACUUUUAACGACUUAUUACAACGGGUUUUAUGACGUUACCAAUGUAAUGAAAAAUCUGACACCGCAAUGCAUGACGAUGCUACUGAAGUGUAAACUGCACGGGACCUACAGAAACUGCUCAACACUUUUCGAAUUUCGCAAGACGCAAGACGGAUUCUGUUGCACCUUUAAUUACAUACGUGAAAGCGACGACAUUCCCACAUUGAAUGAUAUGUUUAAAGCGAACAUGAGUUAUACACAUAAAGUAGAAGAUCUUGGGAUAGAACACGGUCUAACAGUCGUACUGGAUCCAUUUUUGGAUGAUUAUUUUUAUCCCAUAAUGCCUGUUGAGGGUUGGAAGAUUAUCGUGUUUAAUCCUACCGAUUAUGCGGAUGUAUCCAGCGGUGGUGUCACAGAAGUACUCGCAAUGCCUCUCACCGAAACGUACAUAGAUGUAACCGCUACAUCUUUUUUCAGCACUAACAUUAUCAAAAAUUUCCCUGUAAAUCAACGCAAUUGCAUUUUCUCGGAAGAGAUACACAAUGAACAUACAUUUGGCAAAAUCUAUACUUACAGUGAUUGUAUCGUCGAUUGCAAGAUUCAUGACAUGCAAAAACUUUGCAACUGCAGACCGUUCUUCAUCCCACGUCGUGGCGAGGAAGAAUACUUGACUACAAAAGCUGAAAGACUGUUAGAAGAUAUCAAUAAUAGAUCAUCUACACCUAUAGAAGAUGAAGUUACCUUGUGCUCAAACUGGCAAACAUCUACAAAGAUUAUACACAAUCCUCGUUUCGUUAAUGAAAUCAGAACACCACAUUUAGGUACGCCAAGGAAAGCCCGAAGGGCUUUGCAAUUUGUAAAAUGGACUAUUAUACAACAAAAACAAAAAAUAAAAACUCUGCAGCAAGCUCGAAAUAGAUUAAUCGCUCAUGUCACGACGAUGAAAGGUUUAAUUAAACAUUUAAAACAAAAGAAUUUACUAUCUGAAGCAGCUACGGAUUUCAUACACAAAAAAUAUAUUAGACCCCCAAAGCUGUAUACCAUAGGUCCAUACAGGUUUCAUAAUUUACUUAUAGAGCAUGAGUUUGUUAUGGAUAGACAGUUUGGAUUACCGUCCGAUUAUCCAAAAUAA